AUGUCGUUUUUCAGAGAUUUGAUAGAAUCAGUUAUGCCAACUGCAUACGCUGAAGAAGAACAACAAGAGCCUGAAUUGAUAGUGGAAGAAACUCCUGUUGAAGAAGAUAAGGAAGAAGAGUUAGAAGAAGACGAAGAAAUAGAAGAAGAUGAAGAUGAAGAUGAAUUAGUUGACCCCAUGGACACUUUGAAGGAAGAAUGUGAAAAGUCCACUGCUUGUCACGAAUACGCUCACCACUUCCAAGAAUGUGUUGACAGAGUUACCAAAGCUCAAGAAGAUCCUGAUUACGAACACUUGGAGUACAAGGAAGACUGUGUUGAAGAAUUCUUCCACUUACAGCACUGUAUCAACGACUGUGUUGCCCCCAAGUUGUUUUUCAAGUUGAAGUAA